CAAAGUUCUAAACCCUAGUAAAUAGAAAAACCCUUGUCUAAGUGCAGACUCCCUUCAUUGCAGUCACAGCACUGAAUCAACAACCACAACCUCCUCAAUCUAUACGCUCUUUCCGUUCCAAAUGUGCCAUUAACCACAACCACAUCCACAGCAGAAGAAUAAGGAGACGAAAGCAAACACACUGUGAGCGAGAGAAAACAGUGAAAAUCAAUGGGAAUACCGGCUUUCUACAGAUGGCUGGUGGAAAGGUACCCUCGCGCGGCGGUGAGCGUCAUCGAAGACGAACCGCCCCUUUUGGAUACAACCGGUCCUAACCCUAACGGCUACGAAUUCGACAACCUCUACCUCGACAUGAACGGCAUCGUCCAUCCCUGCUUUCACCCCGAGGGCCUGCCUCCUCCCAAGAGCUACGACGACGUCUUCCGUGCCGUCUUCAACUACAUUGACCGCAUCUUCUCCAUUGUCCGGCCCCGCAAACUUCUCUUCCUCGCAAUCGAUGGUGUUGCACCCCGAGCUAAAAUGAAUCAACAACGGUCAAGGCGAUUUCGGGCUGCCAAGGAUGCAGCAGAUGAAGCCUCUUGGAGAGAGAGCAAAAUCGAAUCAGAAGAGGAAAAAUCAACUUCUUUAGAGCAGUCUAUGAAGCUGGACUCAAAUGUAAUCACCCCCGGAACUGAAUUUAUGGAAUUGCUGUCAUCGUCUCUCCAUUAUUAUAUACGGCUGAGGAUGAACAAAGAUGCUGGGUGGCAAGGAAUCAAGGUCAUUCUUUCUGAUGCCAAUGUACCUGGUGAGGGAGAGCAUAAGAUAAUGUCUUACAUUCGCUUACAAAGAAAUCUUCCAGGAUAUGAUCCAAACACUCGGCAUUGUCUGUACGGAUUGGAUGCUGAUCUUAUCAUGCUUGCACUGGCCACCCAUGAAAUCCAUUUCUCCAUUUUGAGAGAGGAUGUCCGUGGAGCAGGCCCAAAUGAUAAAACUGUGAAGUGUGCAAAGGAUUCUUUACUGGCGAGUCAGCAAGGAGAAAGGGAAUAUUCUAAGCCAAUGGAAGUGGUUGACGAGAAUGUAGAAGAUUAUGUCUCAAGGCAGAAAUUUCAGUUUCUCAACAUCUGGGUUCUUAGGGAGUAUUUGGCAAUUGACAUGAAAGUCAGAGGCUUCAAAACAAAGGCAAAACUAGAGCGCCUGGUUGAUGAUUUUGUCUUCAUGUGCCUUUUCAUUGGAAAUGACUUUCUACCCCACAUUCCUUCACUGGAAAUAUCGGAGGGGGCUAUUGAUUUGCUCAUGAUGGUUUACAAAAAGGAAUUUGUUAAAAUGGGUGGCUAUCUGACUAAUUCUUCUAAGGUAAAUUUGGAACGUGUGGAACACUUUGUGCAAGCAGUGGGAUUUCAUGAAUGCGCAAUUUUUAGAAGACGCACCCAGAUGGAAAAGGAAAGAGAACUGCGCUUUCGACGUUUUUCAAGAAAUAAGCCUAGCAGUUACUCAAGUAAGCCCAUGAGUCAAAAUCCACUAAAUUCCAGUGCUGUGGACAUUCAAACACAAAUGCACCGUAUAGACACUGGCAUAAAUGCUAAUGUGGACAAGAUUAAGCUUGGAGAAAAGGGUUGGAAGGAAAGGUUUUAUGUUGAAAAGUUUGAGGCUCAAACUGAAGAUGAGUGCAAGAGGAUACUGAGAAAUGCGGUUUCUAAAUAUAUUGAAGGGAUAUGUUGGGUUAUGCAUUAUUACUAUGAAGGAGUAUGCUCCUGGCAAUGGUUUUAUCCUUAUCAUUAUGCUCCAUUUGCUUCAGACUUCCAUGGUAUUGAUAAGUUAAACAUUGAAUUCACGCUGGGGAAACCGUUGAAGCCCUUUGACCAGUUGUUGGGUGUGCUGCCUGCUGCGAGUGCACAUGCUCUACCUUUGUUCUACAGGGAACUGAUGACAGAUAUGUCAUCACCAUUACUCGAUUUUUACCCUACUGAUUUCAAGCUUGACAUGAAUGGAAAACGUUUCUCGUGGCAGGCCAUCUGCAAGUUACCAUUUAUUGAGGAGUCACGCCUUCUUUCAGAGAUUGCAAAAGUGGAGCACACAUUGACGGAUGAAGAGAGACAAAGGAAUAGUUUUAGUCUGGAUGCACUAUUUGUCCACACAUCACAUCCUUUGGCGGUGAAGAUACUGGCAUUCUGCAAAAGAAAAGUCGGUCAUCCAAAGUUGUCUAAUGCCAAGGUCAAGCGGAAAAUUAAUCCGAAAUUCAGUGGUGGAAUGAAUGGGUAUAUGUACCUUUCUGAACAACCUGUGCAACCUGCGGAAAUAUAUUCACCAAUUGAGGGCAUGGAGAUGAUUGCAAAUAAUGAUGUAUUAUCUGUUUUGUUCAGAUGCCCACCCUUCCAUUCUCACAUACCCAGGCUAUUAAAUGGAGUAAAAUUGCCUCUCAAGUCUGUCAGGAAGCAGGACAUUUUGCCUUCGCCCAUUCUGUGGCAUGAGAAGUCAGCUGUCCUUGGUCGAAUAUUUUCUGAAAGGUCCAUUCACAAGUCAAUCUCAGGCCAUCGUCUAGCAGAAUUAUCUCAUAAACUCCUGUCUAAAUGUUAUCAUCUAAAGAGCGAAAAGUCUUGGGGCUCCUUGCAACUGGGUGAACCCAUAGAUACACAUGGAUUGACAUCCCAUUUGAAUUUGGAACAAACUCAUCAUGUGGGAGAGACUGGAGGCAGUGAAAACCGCAUUGAUGGUAGCAUCCCAACAAACCAUUUAGGUGGAGAUCAAUUGGCGUGCCAUUUGAACUUAGAAGAAAUGGUUUGUAUGCACAGGGCUGAAGGUGAUAAAAAAUGCUUGGAUGGUAUGCCUGGCCUGGCAGAUAACCAUAUAGUUAAUGCUGGAUUGACAUGUUCAAAUUUAGAGGAAACAGUUGCUGUUUGCGAGGCUGGAAAUGAUAAAAUUUGCAUUAAUGCUAGAUCUAGAAAACGUAGACGAAAACGGAGCAAAGUGAGAAACACCUUGGAAAAUGAUGUAGAUGCUGAGAAAUUGGCAUGGCCUUCGAAUUUGGAACCGGUUUGCGAGGCUGGAAAUGAUAAAAUUUGCAUUAAUGCUAGAUCUAGAAAACGUAGACGAAAACGGAGCAAAGUGAGAAACACCUUGGAAAAUAAUGUAGCUGCUGAGAAAUUGGCAUGGCCUUCGAAUUUGGAACCGGCAGCUAGCAUGCUGCGGAUUGAAGCUGAUAACAUUUCUGGUUGUAAUGGAGUUCCAGAUACACAUGUUGGUGAGACAGGAGCACAUGGAUUGGCAUGUGCCGCUGUAAUCCCAGAUAACAGGGCAUGUCUCAUUUCCAAUGCCCUACUCGGUUACCUGGUUGUGUACAUUCUGUCAAGUCUUGGCUAUCCGACGUGGCCUUGAGUGAUCUAGGCCCGUAAUGGGCCUCUCGCCCAACUUAGGGCCCCGAUCUGAGGGCCCUUCUAAUGGGUAGGAAGAUUAUGGGGGUGUGCUGAGUCCUUCCUACCUCGAGUCCCCAUUAUCAUUGUCAAGCGGGCUUCGACCCUGAGUCGCUAUUGAUUCCACAACUUACUUUGGUCCAGGAUUACUGGGGGUUCUAGAUCAGGUCAUUGGGCCUGGGGCCUUUUCUCCUCACAAAAACAAUCACAGCAUAUAGAUUGACUAUUGAACAAGUGGCUUCAAUUCAAAUCUCAAUAAAGGAUGUAAGCUUAUCAUAUUGGCUAGUUAGCAUGUCUGAUUUGUGUUACUCUUACUAUAAUUUUAUUGUAAUUUGUAGGAGCUUUGUUGUCCCAACUGGAAAGGAGCCAGUGGUGGGUAGUUAUGAUAGUGAAGUGUUUUUGCAAAAUCGGUUAAACAUGUUGGUGGGUACUACUAUUGUGUAUUUGCUGAAUGUUAGCUACCGCUACUACUGCUGUUAUAUUGGGUAUUGCUAUUGUGUAUUUGCUUAAUGUUGGUAGAAAUGUUGCUAAA